CCUAAGAUGUGUUGCUUUACCUUCCUGAAGGUCACCAUGAUUAUCUUUAACCUCCUCAUCUUUGUCUGUGGUGGAGUCCUGUUGGGAGUGGGAAUAUGGGUGUCUGUGGACAGCCCCUCCUUCCUGAAGAUCUUUGGCCCGGUGUCAGCCAGUGCCAUGCAGUUUGUGAAUGUGGGCUACUUCCUGAUCGCUGCAGGCUGUGUCCUGCUGGUGCUUGGCUUCCUAGGGUGCUACGGGGCCCACAAGGAGAAUAAAUGUGUGCUGUUAAUGUUUUUCUCCAUCCUCCUCGUAAUAUUCAUCGCUGAAAUUGCUGCUGCUGUGGUCGCUCUGGUCUAUACCUCGCUGGCUGAGAACAUGCUCUAUACCUUGGUUGUACCCGUGAUUGAGAAGGAGUAUGGCCAACAACCAGACAUCACCCAAGUAUGGAACAGCACCAUGGAAGGCCUCCAUUGUUGUGGUUUCAAUAACUACACAGACUUUACGUACUCCCCAUACGUCAAAAAGUACGGCAAUUUCCCCUCGUUCUGCUGUGCCAACGACACCGUCUCUUGUUCUAAAGAGUUGGCUGAGGAGGCCGAUGUCAAGGGCUGUUUUGAGCAGCUCUUGCAAAGCAUUCGCACCAAUGCGGCUGUCGCGGGUGGCGUGGCUGCUGGCUUCGGGGCACUAGAGCUGGCUGCCAUGAUCGUGUCCAUGUACCUGUACUGCAAAGUGGACAAAGCCUGAUGCUGAGCACCGGGUGGGGUGGGGGUGGGGGUUGUGGGUGUGGGUGUGAGUGCAAAUGGACCAGCCCCAUUGGGCAGAGCAGAGCUUCUACCAGGCCCACCGGUAAUUACUAGGUGAUGGGAUGGACACACAGAUUCAAGCUUUGGUGAUCCCCAAAUUGGAGGCUGAGCCAACUUGGGGGAUCCCAGCCAGCCCCCCCCUCCCCAGAUGCUGCAUCUUUCCCAAGUCCCUCCUUCUCCUUCAUUGCUCCAUUUGAGGAAAGGGCCCAGGGCUAACAUGAAGGCUCUUGGGAGUCAGAGCAGCCCUGGCACUCUGGGGAGGGUAGACCAGAGGCCCAGCUCACCAGGUGCAGGCUUCAGGGCUAAGGUCACCCUCCAUCCAGACCUCACCCCUUAGGAGCCAAGGGCUUAGGAGGGGAAGGGGGGCAGCACGCCUGGGAUGUAGGGGUGGGAAAGGGGGAGUAGGUGCACCGGAUGGAGGGCCAGGUC